GUGCGUUUCAUGUUUUACGCGAUUUGUGCGUGAUAUUAAUUACUUCUACCCUUCUUGUGCAUAUCUUCAUCAUUAUCAGCGACGAUGCGCUUAACCCCAUUUCACCAUCUGGCCAUAGUCAUUCCCCCACUGUUUCUCACCGUUUAUCUCUUGGCCAAUUUCCCGCGGCCACCUACUUUACCCAUCAUCCAUACAUCCCUAGCACAUCUUCCGAGCUCAUCGCCAUCGUGGAAUGUAUAUCCAGAGGACUUGUAUAGUGGAGGUGCAUAUGCCAACUUACCUCUAGGACGGGUGCGAUAUUGGCUCAUAGGACCGGAGGACGGGCAGCGUAUUGUUUUGAUACAUGGACUUUCCAUCCCGGCCAUCGUCUGGAAAGACGUAGCGCCUGUACUCGCCUCACAAGGGUACCGUGUACUUCUCUAUGAUUUGUACGGUCGCGGUUACUCGGAUGCCCCCGAAGUAACUUAUGAUACCACCCUUCACACCACCCAACUCGCGCUCCUUAUGCAAUACGUUAAGUGGGACAAUGCAUUCAUUGUUGGAUUGUCGAUGGGAGGUGGCAUUGCGACUGCAUUUUCAGCACAAUUCCCUCAUCUGGUAAACGGGAAAGUCGCUCUUAUUGCCUCAGCAGGUAUCAUAGAGUCGAGCGAUAUCUCUCGUACGGCAAAAUUCAUGUCAACUCCCCUCGUGCAAACUGUAUCCGCCCUCCCACCUUUCCAACAUUACAUGCGUCUCCUUGCAAAUACCUCUAAAUCCUCGGAACCUUGUGAAACCAAUCCGAUACAAGAAAUUUUACGUCUCCAAACCGCUCAUCUCCCUCACUAUAACGCUGCUGUAGCAUCUUCUCUUCGCGACGGCCCUAUUCGCGGCCUACACUUUGCAUUCCAAUCGCUCGCACGCUCUGGCAAUCAAGUGUUGCUUAUUCAUGGCACAUCAGAUAAGACUGUCCCCUAUAAAUACGCUUCUAUGAUACAGAGUCUCGUACCGCAAGCCGACCUCGUCACCAUCAGCGAUGGUGGCCACGAUCUCACUGUAACUCACGCAUCCGAGGUGAACGCCCUGCUACUCCACUUUCUCGCCGACGAAUACUCGUACAAGCCUCUCGGAUAAAUUUCACUUUAUAUAAGGGAUGAAUCCUUUUCUUUGAUGAUAUUGUAUCUGCCUCCGUACACACAUGCUAUUCACCAUUCAUCGUCGAACGCUACUCCAUCGUAUCUCUUAUAUCAUUCUGGAUACCAUGCCUAUCUCACGUUGUCCUCGCCUCAUGUUGUCCUCGCUAUUCAUCUGCGUUACCUUUAGCUUUAGCUUUUUUCCUGUCUGCAUUACUCUAGAAACCUAUAACUUGUAAUAAACACAUUUUCUGGGA